AUGGCCGACAUUAUGGAAGAAGACCCAUCAUCGGGGCUUCCUUCUUCAGCGGAAGAACAGGAGUUGCCCGUGGAGUCCCUGGUCAAAGGGCGCGCGAAACGAAGUACCGCGGGACGGCACAUGUCCGCCCUCCUUGAAGCCGCCGCCGACGAUGAUCUGGCACUUUUGUUUGAGGAAGUCGAAGAUGACAAUGAAUUUGCGGAUGAGGUGGACCCAGACGCGGAGGACGAGGUGCUCGAAUCGUCGGACGAAGAUGAGGACCAAGGACCGGACGCGCAGAACGAUUACGAGGGCGAGCAGAAGCUACAGAAAGAAGAGCGCAGGAAGCGCAAGACCCAGAAUGACCUUCGAUUCCAGACCUUACGCAAACGAGUCAAGAUCGAUCCGACCGCCCCAUCCACCAUGCCCGCCGCCCCUCGCCCGAAGAAAAAGUCAGAGCGCAUCUCAUGGAUUCCCACCGUGGAGGAUGGGCCGACUCGACAGUCCUCCCGUCGACAAACCAUGGUGAACAAGGAGCUUACGCACGCCCGUCUCAAGGACAGCCAGGAAAAGCGAGUUCGCAUUAUCGCUACUAUGAAGGAGGCAGAGAAGCGGAAGGCCCAUUUGAAGCCGAAACAGAUGACACAGGAAGACCAUCUUGCGGAGGCCGCGAGAGUGGAACGACUCAACAGCAAAAGUUUGAACCGCUGGGAGCUGUCGGAGAAAAGAAAAGCGGACGAAAGACGAGCAAGAAUCGAAGCCCUACAAAAUCGCCGUCUGGACGGUCCGGUAAUUUCCUACUGGAGUGGUGUGGCCACAUGGACCAAUGGGCGCCUCACACGGGUGGGCAAAAUUGAAAUCAAACCGAAGCCAGAUAAGGAAGAGUCGAAGAAGAAAAAGAAGGAGAAGGAAGAUAAAGACAAGGCCGCCGCAGGGCUACAGUUCGGCCCUGCUAACAUCGCCGGACACGCCCGUGCCAUACCAUCAAGUACCUUUGCAGUCGAGGUCAGGUCACCACCGGACUUGGCCCUACCUGAUUCCACCAAAGCAUUGGGUCAAAAGCCACUUGAGGACAAGCCGUCUGCAGAGAAUGCUGCAGCACCGACCAGUGUACAAAAUACAAAUACAUCGAGCGCCAACCAACCGGAUGCGGGUGCCCCAGAGACGAAUACAACCGCGGCGAAUAUUGUUGAGCAGGACACGGACAACGUCGUAGAAAGGACUAUUCCAGAGGUUGUCACGAGUACAUUACCGCCACCCUCCGAAGAAGACAAGACCACGGCCAAAGCCGAUGACAGGCAACCUUCCUCUCCACGCAAGAGCUUGGAGAGGAAGAUGGUCGCCGUGGAAAUCCCUUCUCCCCGAGUCCGUCACUUGUCAGUCUCUGCGGGCACUGGCGCUUCCAAAAUAUUGCCUGAUUCAUCGCCCACCAAGAACGACGAUGCCAUGGACGUGGAUCAGCAACCAGCGGUUGCAGAAUCUGCCGAUGCUGCCAAACCGAAUGGCCAGGAAGCUCUGGCUAGUCCGAACGUUGCCCAACUACCUUCAGCAGAGGCCCCCAAACCAGAUGCUGGCGGGCCAACUGUACAAGAAGCGCAAGCAGUACAAGCAGUGAGCGACUCUCGACCAGCUGAAACAGCCACGCCUGUCGCUCCUGGUAUCACACAGGAUCCUCAGGUCCUUCCGACAACUACAACACCUAAUCAAGCCGCGGUAGCCGCAAACCCCCUCCCGAAUCUAAACCCAUCGUCCACAUUGCAGUCCGAAUCACAAACUUCGAAUGCGGUGAAGGGAGCAGCACUACCAGAGAUCCCACAACCCCCUCCGGUGAUUGAGCACACAGGUCGUUCACUUACGAUUCUGGAGAACUUUGAUUAUGCGACCGCGAACAACCGCAAAUACAGCAUGUACUUCAACUCCAAGAAACCUGCUCGUCUGACCAAAAUCUCGUCAUCGCUUUGCGUCAUUACUUCAUUGCCAUCGCGUUACCGCGACCCAGAAACCGGCCUCCCUUACGCCAACUCCUACGCAUAUGGUCAAAUCCGCCGUAUGCUAUCGGAGGGGUACAUCUGGAGCUCGAUGCUCGGGUGCUUCGUCGGCCCGGCCGAGGCUGCCCGCGGCGUGCCCGAGCGGUUCACAGGCAAGCCGGGCCCAGGCACGGUCAGACAUCUGAUCGAUCAGGAUGACGACCAGGCCGAGUCCAUUACAGGGAAGAGCAUCAGCGGUGCAACCAAUGUCGAGGCUCCUUCCACACCCACCCCGGCCGCUCCUCAGGCGCCUCCAGCGGAUGCCGAGGUUACCCAAGCAUGA